AUGGAUUUCCCUCCGCCCCCUCCACCACCUCCUCCACCGGGCCCUCCUCCCCCAGGCCCUCCAGGUUCUGGAUAUGCGCCGCCACCUCCGCCGCCGCCACCUCCAGGCGCACCUGGUACCGUCGGACCUGGUACCGUCGGACCUCCGGGUAUGCGCCCACCAGUCGACCCACAAAUCACCAAGUUUGCCCAGAAGAAGAAGGACUGGUUAAGACAGCAGCGUCAAAGGUUCGGCGAAAAGCGCAAGGCUGGCUUUGUGGAGACGCAGAAGGCGGAUCUCCCCCCAGAACAUUUGCGCAAGGUCUUCAGGGAUAUUGGUGAUGUAUCUCAGAAGAAGUUCACUUCAGACAAGCGAAGCUAUCUCGGUGCGCUAAAGUUCAUGCCACAUGCUGUUCUGAAGCUCCUCGAGAACAUGCCCAUGCCCUGGGAGAGUAGACGUGAUGUAAAAGUCCUCUACCACACCAAUGGGUGCUUGACGCUGGUGAAUGAAGUUCCCCGUGUGAUUGAGCCCGUAUUCCACGCGCAAUGGGCUGCCAUGUGGUUGGCUAUGAGAAAGGAGAAGAGUGACCGCCGACAUUUCAAGCGAAUGCGUUUCCCACCCUUUGACGAUGAAGAGCCUCCUCUGUCGUACUCGGAGAACAUUGAGGAUGUGGAGCCUUUGGAACCCAUCCAGUUGGAACUCGACGAGGACGAGGAUAGCCCUGUGUAUGAAUGGUUCUAUGACCACCGGCCGCUUCUCGACACUCCACAUGUGAAUGGUCCUAGUUACGAGACUUGGAAUCUGGAUCUCCCUCAGAUGGCGACUCUAUAUCGCUUAAGCAAACAGCUUCUCAGCGAAGUUGUUGACAAGAACUACUUUCACAUGUUUGAUCUAGACAGCUUCCAGACUGCAAAGGCCCUGAAUGUUGCGAUACCCGGAGGCCCUCGCUUUGAGCCCCUGUAUAAGGAUAUUGAUCCGAAUGACGAGGACUUUGGCGAGUUCAACGCAAUCGACCGUAUCAUCUUCCGAUCCCCCAUCCGAACCGAAUACCGUGUAUCAUACCCAUACCUUUACAACUCGCUACCUCGAAGUGUCAAGCUGGCUUGGUACUCGUAUCCGCAGGUUGUCUACGUCCGCGCAGAAGAUCCGGAUCUACCAGCCUUCUACUUCGAUCCUGUAAUCAACCCUAUUUCUUCCAGAGCUGUUGCUCCGAAGAACUUGUCCGUAAGCCACGAGGAUAUGGUUUUUGGGGAUGCCGACGAGGACGACGAGGACGAUUUCCAGAUGCCCGAAGACGUGGAGCCAUUCAUGGCUGAUGAGGAUCUUUCUACACCAGAUACUGCUUCCGCCAUUGCGCUUUGGUGGGCACCUCAUCCGUUUGACAAGCGAUCAGGUCGCAUGGUCAGAGCGCAGGAUGUUCCCCUGGUCAAGCAAUGGUACCUCGAACACGUACCUGCAGACCAGCCAGUCAAAGUCAGGGUCUCCUACCAGAAGUUGCUGAAGACAUAUGUUCUCAACGAACUGCACAAGAAACCACCUCAAGCACAAAACAAGCAAAACCUUAUGAGGACAUUGAAGAGCACCAAGUUCUUCCAACAGACCAAGAUUGACUGGGUCGAGGCCGGUCUGCAGGUGUGCCGCCAGGGUUACAACAUGCUGAACCUGCUCAUCCACCGGAAGAACUUGACUUAUCUGCAUCUCGACUACAACUUUAACUUGAAGCCGGUCAAGACUCUUACCACCAAGGAGCGAAAGAAGUCACGUUUCGGAAAUGCUUUCCAUCUGAUGCGUGAAAUCUUGAGAUUGACGAAGCUCAUUGUUGAUGCUCAGGUGCAAUAUCGUCUAGGCAACAUUGACGCCUUUCAGCUUGCCGAUGGCAUCCUGUAUGCCUUUAACCACGUUGGUCAACUGACCGGUAUGUACCGUUACAAGUAUAAGCUCAUGCAUCAGAUUCGAUCCUGCAAGGACCUGAAGCAUUUGAUCUACUACCGAUUCAACUCUGGCCCAGUGGGUAAGGGUCCUGGAUGUGGUUUCUGGGCUCCUGCCUGGAGAGUUUGGUUGUUCUUCAUGCGAGGUAUCAUCCCUCUGCUUGAGCGCUGGCUAGGCAACUUGCUUUCACGUCAGUUUGAAGGCAGACACAGCAAGGGUGUCGCAAAGACUGUCACCAAGCAACGAGUAGAAUCACACUUUGAUCUCGAGCUUCGUGCAGCCGUCAUGAGCGAUCUCAUGGACAUGAUGCCUGAAGGAAUUAAGCAGAACAAGGUCAACACCGUCUUGCAGCAUCUUUCGGAAGCAUGGCGUUGCUGGAAGAGUAACAUUCCCUGGAAGGUUCCUGGUUUGCCAGCGCCUAUCGAAAACAUCAUCUUGCGCUAUGUCAAGAGCAAGGCUGAUUGGUGGAUCUCAGUCGCCCAUUACAAUCGUGAGCGCAUUCGACGAGGUGCAACUGUUGACAAGACUGUUGCUAAGAAGAACCUGGGACGAUUGACUCGUCUGUGGCUCAAGGCCGAACAGGAGCGCCAGCACAACUACAUGAAGGAUGGUCCUUAUGUUUCGUCCGAGGAGGCUGUUGCCAUUUACACGACCAUGGUACAUUGGCUCGAAGCCAGAAAGUUCCAACCGAUUCCUUUCCCCAGCGUCUCAUACAAACACGACACCAAGAUUCUGAUUCUAGCGUUGGAGCGUUUGAGGGAAGCUUACUCUGUCAAGGGUCGUCUCAAUCAGAGCCAGCGUGAAGAGUUGGCGCUCAUCGAGCAGGCAUAUGACUCUCCUGGAACAACACUGGCUAGGAUCAAGCGCUUCCUGCUUACGCAACGUGCGUUCAAGGAAGUUGGUAUCGAUAUGAACGACAACUACAGCAGCAUCAACCCUGUAUACGACAUUGAGCCAAUGGAGAAAAUCACGGAUGCAUAUCUUGAUCAAUACUUGUGGUACCAAGCCGAUCAGCGACACCUGUUCCCGGCUUGGAUCAAGCCUUCAGACUCUGAAGUUCCCCCUCUCUUGACAUACAAAUGGGCACAGGGUAUCAACAAUCUUGAUCAAGUCUGGGAGACCAAGGAUGGCGAAUGCAACGUCAUGAUCGAAACUCAGCUAUCGAAGGUCUACGAGAAGAUUGAUUUGACAAUGCUCAACCGAUUGUUGCGCCUCAUCAUGGACCACAACCUGGCAGACUACAUCACAGCCAAGAACAACGUACAGCUCAACUACAAGGAUAUGAACCACGUCAACGCUUAUGGUAUGAUUCGUGGCCUACAGUUCUCUGGAUUCGUGUUCCAGUACUAUGGUCUUGUCUUGGAUAUUCUGCUGUUGGGCUUGCAGCGUGCGAAUGAGAUCGCUGGCGCUCCUGAGAGUCCUAACGACUUCUUGCAGUUCAAGGACAAGGAGACUGAGGUCCGCCACCCCAUUCGUCUCUACACAAGGUACAUUGACCGCAUCUGGGUCUUCUUUAGGUUCACCGCCGAGGAGUCGCGAGACUUGAUCCAGCGAUUCUUGACUGAGAACCCCGAUCCCAACUUUGAGAAUGUCAUCGGCUACAAGAACAAGAAGUGCUGGCCGCGUGAUUCCAGGAUGCGAUUGAUGCGCCACGAUGUGAACCUUGGUCGCGCCGUCUUCUGGGAUCUCAAGAACCGACUGCCGCGGUCAGUUACGACCAUUGAAUGGGAUGACACCUUUGCCAGUGUCUACAGUCGCGACAACCCCAACCUGCUCUUUUCCAUGAAUGGUUUCGAAGUCCGCAUCCUUCCCAAGAUCCGAAACUUGACUGGUGAAUUCCCCGUCAAGGACAGUGUCUGGUCGCUUGUCGACAAUUCCACGAAAGAACGCACCGCCGACGCCUUUUUGCAAGUCACAGAGGAAGACAUCCAGAAGUUCAACAACCGCAUCCGACAGAUUCUGAUGUCUUCAGGAUCCACCACCUUUACGAAGAUUGCUAACAAGUGGAACACAACGCUUAUUGCGCUCUUUACGUACUACCGUGAAGCUGCAGUAUCAACUGUCAACUUGCUCGACACCAUUGUCAAGUGCGAGACCAAGAUCCAGACUCGUGUUAAGAUUGGAUUAAACUCGAAGAUGCCAUCGCGUUUCCCUCCUGCAGUGUUUUACACGCCCAAGGAGUUGGGUGGUUUGGGCAUGAUAUCUGGCUCACACAUUCUCAUUCCGACAAGUGACAAGCGAUGGUCCAAGCAGACCGAUACUGGAGUCACGCACUACCGUGCAGGUAUGUCUCACGACGAAGAGACGCUCAUUCCAAACAUCUUCCGAUACAUCAUUCCGUGGGAAUCAGAGUUCGUUGACUCGCAGCGCGUCUGGAUGGAAUACUCACAGAAGCGUCAAGAAGCACAACAACAAAACCGACGACUGACUCUUGAGGAUUUGGAAGACAGCUGGGACCGUGGUCUCCCUCGUAUCAACACGUUGUUCCAAAAAGAUCGUAGUACGCUCAGUUUCGACAAGGGUUUCCGCGCCAGGACCGAAUUCAAGAUCUACCAGCACAUGAAGAGCAAUCCUUUCUGGUGGACGAGCCAAAGACACGAUGGAAAACUGUGGAAUUUGAAUCAGUACCGUUCGGACUGUAUCCAAGCGUUGGGUGGUGUGGAAACCAUUUUGGAACACACACUCUUCAAGGCAACUGCUUUUCCAUCAUGGGAGGGCCUCUUUUGGGAGAAAGCUUGUCUUGCUAAUGGCACGAGACUUCUUCGGUAUGAUGGUUCCGAAGUCCUGGUCGAGGAUGUUAAGGAGGGGGAUCUAUUGUUGGGUCCGGAUGGAACUUCUCGUCGUGCUUUCAACAUUGUCAAUGGCACCGAACAACUGUAUCGCAUCAAGGUUGGAGGAAAGAAGGAAGAUUUUGUGGUCACCAAGAAUCACAUCCUGGUUCUCCAUUUAGAGAAGAAGUCUGGGAAUGAGUACCAGGGUAUGAGUAUGAAAGAUCACCACGGCAGCUGCAUUCAGGAUUCUGAAGACGAGGAAGAAGAUCCUUUGUUCCUGGAUAUGGAAAAGCCUGAAGUUUCAGCAUCUGAGCGUUAUGAUGUUGUUGAAAUGACUGCCGAGGAAUUUGCUGCUUUGGAACCCAACGUACAGGCGAAGUAUAGGGUGUUCCGAUGUCCCGGAUUUGAGCUCCCUGAAGAAAAUGUACCGGUCCAUCCCUAUUUCCUCGGACUCUGGCUGGGUGAUGGCAACCGGAACAGUACUACUAUCUACAACGAACAUGAGGCUGAAGUUCGUGACUUCCUGGUCUCCUAUGCGGCUGAGCUAGAUCUUCACCUCGUUUGGCAUGGGCAGUUAGGCUAUGCUACCGUGGGCCGGACUCGCCUUGCUGACCGUCCUUUUCCAACAAAGAACAAGGGGAAAGGCCCUGUAAAUUCGGAAACCCGGAAAUCUCGCCAGACCAUCAACAAGACGCGUCUUGCUGCUGGUUGGUCUUUCCAAGAAAAUCGUCAACCUGGUGAGGCCAGGCUUUGGCCUGAUGCAGAUGAGGUAUGUAAAGACGUUCUCUACAAAAAUGAAAUUCUAAUAUGUUCGCAGGACCAGGAACUAGACGAGGACCUCGACCUGAUUGAGAUUGAAAGUGAGGACGAAGAAGAAGAGGAGGAGGAGGAGGAGGAGGAAAAAGGCAGUGAUGAUAUCCAGUUCCUCAACGAGGAUCUUGGACGCCAUCCAUCCCGGUUUGAACGUCACCGUAUUGCACGUUUAGAAGCUGGUCGCAGUACCUAUGGUCGACUCCGUCCUGAGGAAGAAGCCGAACUCAUCAACGAUCUUGUUGAGUAUGACGAAAACGACGAUGGUGUCAACAGCCUUCGAACCGCACUUCAGGGGCUUGGGGUUAUGUCUGGCGGUGCAACUGGUCCCGGGGCCGAUCGAAAACAUAUCCCAUCAGUAUACCUUAGGAACUGCCGAGCAGUUCGCCUGGCUGUUCUUGCCGGUUUGAUUGACAGCGAUGGAUGGCUGGUUUACCCUGAAAACUUCAUAGGCUUCAGCCAGAGCGAACGAUGGCAUAAAGCACUUUUCUGGGAUACUGUGGCCUUAGCACGAUCUUUGGGCUUUGGUGUCUGGACUACUAAACGGGAUAUGUGGAAUCCGACUCGAACUCAGAAGAAUCCUCAACUGGUCGCUCAAAUUUUCGGGAACAUUUCCGAGAUACCAUGCCUUCUUGCACGAAAAAAGGGGUGCGAACGCUACAUUCCCCAAAUGCACAGCUUCAUGAUCAAGGAAAUUGCCCUGGAAUCUACUCCUACUGCUUGGUCCGGCUUCCGAGUUGACAAGGAUCAACUUUACCUACGACACGACUACAUGGUACUUCAUAACAGUGGUUUUGAAGAAUCUAUGAAGUUUAAAAAGCUCACAAACGCUCAGCGUUCUGGUUUGAAUCAGAUUCCAAACCGUCGCUUCACUUUGUGGUGGUCACCCACCAUAAACCGCGCAAACGUCUACGUAGGUUUCCAGGUGCAACUUGAUCUUACGGGCAUCUUCUUGCACGGUAAGAUUCCUACUCUUAAGAUAUCGCUCAUCCAAAUCUUCCGAGCCCAUUUGUGGCAGAAGAUUCACGAAUCGGUUGUUAUGGAUUUGUGCCAAGUCUUUGAUCAGGAGCUUGAGGCUCUUGGCAUCGAGACAGUGCAAAAGGAGACGAUCCAUCCUCGUAAAUCGUACAAGAUGAACAGCUCCUGUGCCGAUAUCCUACUUUUUGCGAGCCACAAGUGGAGUGUUUCUCCACCCUCCAUGUUGUACGAUACCAAGGACACUAUGAGCGCGACGACUACCAACAAGUUUUGGAUUGACGUUCAGCUACGAUAUGGUGACUACGAUUCGCACGACAUUGAACGAUAUGUGCGCGCAAAGUACCUCGACUAUACCCAAGACAGCAUGAGUAUCUACCCUUCUGCAACUGGUCUCAUGAUCGGUAUUGAUUUGGCAUACAAUCUCUACUCUGCCUACGGACAGUACUUCCCUGGACUCAAGCAGCUCGUUCAGCAAGCGAUGGCCAAGAUCAUGAAGGCCAACCCAGCUCUCUAUGUUCUCCGAGAGCGUAUCAGGAAGGGUCUCCAGUUAUAUGCUUCGGAAAGUUCUCAGGAAUUCCUCAACUCUCAGAACUACUCGGAGCUGUUCAGCAAUCAGAUCCAGCUGUUCAUUGAUGAUACGAACGUGUAUCGUGUGACAAUCCACAAGACUUUCGAGGGUAACUUGACGACUAAGCCCAUCAACGGCGCCAUCUUCAUCUUCAACCCUCGUACUGGUCAACUGUUCUUGAAGAUAAUUCACACAAGUGUUUGGGCUGGUCAGAAGCGUCUCGGUCAGUUGGCCAAAUGGAAGACUGCCGAAGAAGUGGCAGCUCUCAUUCGGUCACUGCCUGUUGAAGAACAACCGAAGCAGCUGAUUGUCACCCGUAAGGGUUUGCUCGAUCCUCUGGAAGUGCACUUGCUUGACUUCCCCAACAUCUCUAUUCGGGCAUCAGAGCUGCAGCUGCCAUUCCAAGCUGCUAUGAAGGUGGAGAAACUCGGUGACAUGAUCUUACGAGCCACUGGACCUCAGAUGGUUCUCUUCAACCUGUACGAUGAAUGGUUGAAGACGAUUUCAUCAUACACUGCUUUCUCGAGAUUGAUCUUGAUCCUCCGCGCGCUUCAUGUCAACCAGGACAAGACCAAGCUGCUCUUGCGACCUGACAAGACGGUCAUCACCCAGGAGCAUCACAUCUGGCCUUCACUAACGGACGAGGACUGGAUCAAAGUUGAAGUGCAACUUCGUGAUCUCAUCCUGCUCGACUACGGCAAGAAGAACAAUGUCAACACUUCGUCACUCACCAGCAGUGAAGUGCGUGAUAUCAUUUUGGGUAUGGAGAUUUCAGCGCCAUCGAUGCAACGUCAACAAGCUGCCGAGAUCGACAAGCAGCAGGAGGAGCAGCAGCAAUUGACUGCCGUCACCACGAAGACGCAGAACAUCCACGGCGAGGAGAUGGUUGUUACAACAACUUCGCAGUAUGAACAGGCUUCCUUCGCCUCCAAGACAGAAUGGCGUACCAGGGCUGUUGCCACGUCCAACCUGCGUACUCGUGCCAACAACAUCUACAUCAACUCUGAAGAUGUCAAGGAGGAAGGCCACUUCACCUAUGUCAUGCCAAAGAACGUACUCAAGCGAUUCAUCACCAUUGCCGAUCUUCGCGUUCAAGUUGCGGGCUACCUCUAUGGCAAGUCGCCACCAGACAAUGAUCAGGUGAAGGAGAUUUGCACCAUUGUCAUGAUCCCUCAAGUUGGUAACACACGUGACGUGCAGCUGCCAAAGGAGCUGCCGAGGCACGAGUAUCUCGACAAUCUAGAGCCGCUGGGAAUUAUCCACACCGUCAGCGGAAAUGAGCCGCCGUACAUGCAGGCUAGCGAUGUUACCCAGCAUGCUCGUCUGAUGAACCAGCACGCUAGCUGGGAUAAGAAGACUGUUUCCAUGACCGUGUCCUUUACCCCCGGUUCCGUCUCCCUCGCCGCCUGGGCCCUUACACCCAACGGCUACAAGUGGGGCGCUGAGAACAAGGAUACUAUGUCCGACAACCCCGCCGGCUUCAGCACAAGCUUCGGUGAGAAGUGUCAGUUGCUACUGUCUAACAAGAUUCGCGGAUACUUCUUGGUUCCUGACAAUGGCAUCUGGAACUACAGCUUCAUGGGCAGUGCAUUUGGUUCUGUCGAGAAGAAGCCCGUGCAUGUGCGUCUUGAUACCCCCGUUCGCUUCUACGACCCCGUGCACAGGCCGCUGCAUUUCCAUAACUUUGCGGAGCUGGAGGAUGUUUGGGUUGAUCGGGAGAACCAGUUUGAGUAG